GAUCUGUUGAAUGCGCUGAAAGAGCGUAUUCUUGUGAUCGAUGGCGCGAUGGGAACAAUGAUUCAAAGACACAAAUUGGGCGAAAGUGACUACAGGGGCGAUGAGUUCACACAACAUGUCAAACCGCUGAAGGGAAACAACGAUAUACUACACAAAUUGGGCGAAAGUGACUACAGGGGCGAUGAGUUCACACAACAUGUCAAACCGCUGAAGGGAAACAACGAUAUACUGUCGCUCACGAAACCAAACAUUAUUUAUAGCAUUCAUUUCGAGUAUUUGAAAGCCGGCGCCGAUAUCAUAGAGACCAAUACGUUCAGCGGUACGACCAUAGCUCAGGCCGACUACGACUGUCAGCAUCUGGUCUAUCGGAUAAACAAAGAGUCUGCGCUGAUAGCGCGGCGCGCGUGCGAUGACUACGAGAAACAGUUUGGAGGCGUGAAGUUUGUGGCCGGUUCUCUCGGGCCAACCAAUAAAACACUUUCCAUAUCACCUCAGGUCGAGAAUCCGGCCUUUCGUAACGUAACGUGGGAUGAAUUAGUGACCGCUUACAGGGAACAGACAAUGGGUUUACUGGAAGGCGGCGCCAAUUUGAUCCUCAUUGAGACCAUUAUAGACACGGCUAACGCGAAGGCGGCCUUAUUUGCUGUCCACUCGGUUUUCGAUGAGUUCCCGCACUUUAAAGUUCCCAUUUUUAUGUCGGGAACUAUUGUCGACAAAAGUGGCCGAACUUUGUCGGGACAGACGGGAGAGGCGUUUAUUGUGAGUAUAUCUCACGGCCAGCCCUUAGCCAUUGGUCUGAACUGCGCUUUGGGUGCGGCAGAGAUGCGAGUAUUCAUCGAGAAUAUGAGUAAAUUUGCUGUCAAUAAUUAUAUCCUCUGUUAUCCAAACGCCGGUAUUCCCAACGUCUUCGGCGAAUACGACGAAACACCCGAAGAGAUGAAUAAACACAUGAAAAGUUUCGCUGAGGACGGGUUGGUUAAUAUAGUGGGCGGUUGUUGUGGGACAACACCCGAUCACAUCCGACUGUUCGCUCAGUCUGUUAAAGGACUGACGCCUCGACCCGUGAGGACAACAGUUGAGGACAAGUUCUAUUUGUCGGGUUUGGAGCCGUUUGUCUUCACGAAAGAGACACUGUUUAUAAAUAUCGGUGAGCGCUGUAACGUCGCCGGCAGUAAACUAUUCGCACGACUCAUACGGCAAGCGAAGUACAGUCAGGCCCUGGAAAUCGCCAAAACCCAAGUGGAAAACGGGGCUCAAGUGUUGGACAUCUUAUACCUACUCCCUUACGACCUGUCGUUCUUUCUCUACCGUUUGAAAGACUUAGACCACCGGUUGAAACGCCACUAUCUCUCGGGCCUGAAGUGUGUUCAGGGAAAGUGUGUCGUCAACUCAAUCAGUCUGAAGGAAGGGGAGGACGAGUUCGUUAGGAAAGCCAAACUUAUCCAACGGUUCGGAGCGGCGGUUGUGGUCAUGGCUUUUGACGAGACGGGACAGGCGGCCGACGAGAUGACAAAAGUGAAGAUCUGUCGCCGCAGUUACGAUAUACUGAUCGGUCCGCGAGUGGGUUUCAAUCGCAACGAUAUCAUCUUUGAUCCAAAUAUACUGACGAUCGGCACCGGAAUGGAAGAGCACAACGAAUACGCCAUCGAUUUUAUAAACGCCACAAAACGGAUCCGCGAGACUUGCGUUGGCGCCAAAGUAAGCGGUGGUGUCUCUAACCUCUCGUUUUCCUUCAGAGGAAUGGAGAAGAUUAGAGAAGCGAUGCAUUCGGUCUUCUUAUAUCACGCCAUUAAAGCGGGUCUAACGAUGGGUAUUGUGAACGCCGGGUGUUUACCACUCUAUACAGACAUCGAUCCGAUUCUAUUGGAUUUGUGCGAAAAUCUCAUUUGGAAUCGCGAUCCGAACGGAACAGAAAAGCUGUUAGAAUACGCCCAAGAAUUCGGCAAAAUUGUUAAAACCGCUGUCGAAGUCGAGGACUGGAGGAGAAAGCCGGUGGAGGAGAGACUCUCGCAUUCAAUUGUCAAAGGAAUCGAUGCACACAUUGAAAAGGAUGUGGAAGAAUGCCGACAACGGACUGACUUGUAUGUAAAACCACUGCAUAUAAUAGAAGGUCCACUUAUGGACGGCAUCGGUAUUGUUGGCGAUCUGUUUGGUGAGGGAAAGAUGUUUUUGCCACAAGUGAUCAAAUCUGCGCGAGUGAUGAAGAAAGCGGUCGCGUAUUUGAUACCAUUCAUGGAAAAGGACUCGAGUGGCGAACAAAGCAACGCAGGGGUUGUAGUGUUGGCCACCGUUAAGGGCGACGUUCACGACAUCGGCAAGAAUAUAGUGGCCGUAGUGUUGGGCUGUAAUAACUAUAAAGUGAUCGAUUUGGGAGUUAUGACACCCUGUGAUCGCAUCAUCGACGCCGCCAUUCACGAGAGGGCAGAUCUCAUUGGUUUGAGUGGACUCAUCACUCCAUCGCUCGACGAAAUGAUUUUUGUGGCCAAAGAGCUUCAGAGACGGGGUCUGAAGAUUCCCCUAUUGAUCGGCGGAGCGACCACUUCUAAAAAGCAUACGGCCGUUAAGAUAGCGCCGCGUUAUACAGAACCCACUGUUCACGUAUUGGACGCCUCGAAGAGUGUUGUCGUUUGUUCUCGUCUUUUAGACCACAAGUUAAGGGAAGACUUCUUAGAAGAUCUGAACGACGACUACGAUAUGAUGCGUGAAGACCACUACGAGUCACUCAGAGACCGAUCGUAUCUAUCUAUAGAAAAGGCUCGGAAGAAGAAACUCUGCAUUGAUUUUAAUAUGACUGACAUAAAAGCGCCCACUUUUUUGGGCACAAAAGUGUUCAAAGAUUAUGAUCUGAGAAAACUAAUCGAUUACAUCGAUUGGAAGCCAUUUUUCGAUGUCUGGCAAUUGAGAGGAAAGUAUCCCAACAGAGGGUUUCCCAAACUAUUUAACGACGAAACAGUUGGCGCCGAAGCCAAGAGAGUAUACGAAGAAGCGCUUCAUAUGAUUGAUGAGAUAAUAGAGCAAAAACUUUUGACGGCCAACGGAAUUGUGGGCUUCUAUAGGGCUAACACUAUCAGCGACGACGAGAUACAGUUGAUGGACGACUCCGGCAAACCUGUGGCCACUUUCCACGGCCUCAGACAACAGGCCGAGAAGGACUCGCACGACGACUCGCCAUACAUAUCGCUCGCCGACUUCAUAGCGCCCAUAAAGAGCGGAGUGACUGACUAUAUCGGGCUGUUUGUGGUGAGCGCCGGCUUUGGGUGUCAAGAGAUGUGCGACAAAUUCAAGAGAGAACACGACGACUACAAAGACAUUAUGACGAAAGCGAUCGCCGAUCGAUUUGCCGAAGCGUUCGCCGAAGAACUGCACGAAAGAGUGCGCAAAGAGUUGUGGGCAUACAGUAGUGAAGAGCAGUUGGACACCAAUGACUUACUCAAAGUGAAGUACGACGGCAUUAGACCGGCGCCGGGCUAUCCCAGUCAACCCGACCACACAGAGAAGCAGACAAUGUGGCAGUUGAUGGAUGUCGAGCGCCAGACAGGCAUACAAUUAACCGAAUCGUUGGCCAUAAUGCCGGCCGCGUCCACAUGUGGCCUAUACUUUGCUCACCCGAAGUCCUAUUACUUCGCUGUGGGGAAAGUACAGUCGGAUCAGAUCAAGGAUUACGCCAAACGCAAGUCAGAGUCAGUGGAGACGGUCGAGAAGUGGUUGAGUCCUAUCCUGGCCUACGAUCCCGACCACUAAUGAAACUCACGGAUCAAUAUUUGAAUAUUUAUUUUGUUUUAACUUUUUCUAUCUAUAAUAGAG